GUCGGGGUACUUCUCCAUUAUCUGCUACUUUUUACUCACACCUUACUCCAUUACUCAGAGAUAAAUAUUACACUUUCUUCUCCAUUACAAUUACUUGAUACUGUUAUUCAUAUAUACUUUGCAUAUUCCAACAUCAAGUCAAAGUCAGCUUUAUUGUCAGUUCUUCAAUAAGUAUUAUGUGAUAUAUCAAGGACCAAAAUUACGUUACUCUCUCUUCAUGCAAGAGUAAAUAAACACUUAAAAGGUUCUGUAAUAAAAAAAUACAAAUUUCUAAAUAUAAUGUACAAAAUAAGAUUCAAAAAAGCAAAAACUAAGUAAAUUAAGAAAGCAAAAGUCUGGUAAACUAAGAACAAAGGAAGCAAAACUAGAACUAAGCAACAACUAAGAGCCAUGAAAAGCAGAACUGAGUGAAAUGUAAACAUGACCAUGAGAUAAAGUAGCACUGCAGAUAUUGUGCAGAACAUUCAAAACAGUGCAAAUAUUCAGAUUAAGAACACUAAAUAUAAUACAGUUGCAUGAAAAAUUAUUCAACCCCCCUGACAUUUUUAAAUGUAUGUCGACAUUCAAUGAUGUAUUCAUGUUGGAAAGUCCUGCAGCGAUGCCUUAUUUAUUUUUUUAGAAACGAAAAGAUUUUUAAAAAAUAUUGACACCUAACAAUGAAGCCAUUAAAAUUUCAGCUUUACCAGCUGCAACAUUAGAUUGAUUAACACAUGAAUGUAUCAAUAAUUAUGAUUUAAUUAAUAAUAUUCAGCAUAAAUAGUACUUUUAUCUAUAUCACCUGUAUAUUCUGACACUCAUACGUUUGUAUGUUGACUUCAGUAGCACACAACAUUUAAUGCAGGACUUGGAACAGAGCAUUUGAACAUUGUGAGGAACAGGAUUUGAGUAUUUCUUCCACCACUGAGGCUAUUAAAUAAGAUCAUGGUAAUGAAAUUAAUUUUAAAAAAUAGAUAAUGUAAUAUAGGAUACACUGUAACAAAUUCUGUGAAAUUACAAUUUAUACAUAUUAUUGUUGUACUUUUUUUUAGUGUUUCAAUUGCAACUAACUUAAGCAGGUAUGCACUCUAUAACUGGUUACAAUAGUGUGCAGUAGAAUAUGGGGUUUAUAGUUUAAUACUGUAACUAAUAAUAUACUGUAUUUAUAUAGUGUUGCAACAGUAGUCAACAUUACCUGCUGAUUAACUGAACGUCUGCUAAAUCAAAUUGUAGAACUGUAGUUGUCUGAAAAUUACAUUAACCAUAAUGUGCCCUCAUAUUUAUGAUAUGAUGCAUUUUCCAUCCUUUGAAAAACAGUUUGGCUGUACUUUAUAGUAGCUAAUUAAUUACAGUGAAUAGCGCAACCUCGUGAGUGCUUGGACAUUUUACUCACUUAUGUAACAUCAAUACAAUUUAUGUGUGUUUUAAUACCCGAAUUGCGCAUCUUCUUUUGCCACUCGUUCGGGUGCAUGUUUGGAGAGGUCUGCAGCUGCUACAUCUUGAGGGAGAUUUAUUUCACUUGAGUAAAACGCGGCACUCUGAACACACAUAUGCGCCAACCUGAGUAUCAAAUUUCCUCUCAUCUGCAGACCAAUAAGAAGAUCUUCUUAACUCCAGCCGGUUCCCUGAGCAGCAUGCAUGCCUCCCUCAGAGAGAACAGCUCUGAUAUCACAGCUAAUGUGGAAGAAUUCGCUCAUUCUGGCAUUAACGUGACUCGACCGCUGGUCUCCAACAGGACUGGUCACACACCCGCACACUGAGAUGAAAAGCAGAUGUUUGCUGCAGGUUGCUGUCGUCUUGUCAUCGCUCGUUUUAUCAAAGGCACAAAAUGUGACCGGACCAGGACUCUUCUGUGUCUCAGCGAGUGUUGCCGGCGGACAAACGCGCGUCACGUUUCUGCGCGAAGAAGCAGCCGCUGUGCGCUCCUUGUACCUGAGCCUGUGGUCCGAAGAUAUGCGACUUUUAACAUGCGAAGUGAACUCUAAUCCACUCGUAACGGAGAGAUAUCGGUCUUUUUGCGACAGAAGCGGCAGCAGGAGUGAGGAAAUCAUCCAGAAGUUUAAUAUGAGUGCCCUGUUUGCUCCGGAUUCUCCGUGCGCGUUCGCAUCCUCCGGUGCGCCAAAGUUUACCAAGCGCACGAGAAGCGAUGGGACUGAGAGGAAAACUCGGAGGAAACGCGCAUGGAUACUCCCAGGCACAUUGUGGUGCGGCAGUGGAAGCAGAGCAGGCGGAUACGAGCAAUUAGGUGAGGACGUUGAAUUCUAAUUUUAAUAUUUUGUGUGAUUUUUACCCCUGGUUUGGCCUGUUUGGGGAAUAAAAGAGCAUCAGUGAUCAAGUGUAGUUUCCAUAAGGUGUGUGUAGCCUGCAGCGGGUCCUCUGAAAGAAUAUAAAAUGAAGACCUGAGGAGAUGUUAGGGGCCCUAUUCAACAUUUUUUCACUACAAUAACCAUCACCUCUCCAUGCAGCAGCACUCAUUUGCUACUGAAGUGCAUGAUUGCAUAUAAACCAGACAGAAACCUUGACAUUGAAGCAUAUUAGAUAAAAUAUCCCGGCCCUUUCUUAGACAAAACACUUCAAACAUGAGUCAAUUUGCACAGACAUUUUGAGAUAAAAGCAAAGAGCUAAGGGUCAAAGUAACCCAAACUUAAGUUAAAAUGAGCUGAAUUGAACUUACAUCAUGUCUUGUUGCUAAUUUAUUUGUCAGCCUGCUACAGUGUCUGGGGGAAAUCAACACUGAUCUAAAAUUGACAUUUUUGGUACAUUAGUUUAUUUCGGUGUUUGUUUUAUGCACAAAAUUCAAUAGAAAUGAGAUUGAAAUUCAACAUCAAGAAAUUGAACUAGAAAGUCCCCUUGACAUUUUCAUAUGGCAUUCACAUCAAAAAGAUUAAAGACCUUGGUUUUACAAUCCAUAAAUUUUUGACUUCUCAUAACUCAGUCAGCAGCUUUUUGAGUUCAAAUCAGGUAAAUGUGUUUGAAAGAAACUUGCUUCCAUGUAAAACUCCCUUUGAUAUGUGAUUAAAUUUAAAUUUGCUCUUGUGCACAGGGAUGUUUGAGAGCGCAGAUCGAUGCUGCCGUGAGCACGACCACUGCCUGCAUAUCAUCCCAGCUUUCACCAUGAAUUAUGGAGUCUUCAACCCCAACUUGUACACCGUCUCACACUGCGAGUGUGACCAAAGGUUUCGACAGUGCCUUAUGAGUGUGAAUGACAGCAUUUCUAACAUGGUGGGCUACAGCUUCUUCAACAUCCUCCGGGUUCCCUGCUUCGAGCUCAAACAGCAGAAGCGCUGUACUGAGAUGUACUGGUGGGGAAUGUGCAAAGCAGCCAAAGUGGCUCCAUAUGCAGUUUUCCAAAACCCCCUUUCCUACAACACCUCUGAUGUUCCAAACAAAUCUGUGGACACUGACAGCAAGAAAUUAACAAAUAUCGAGGGGCAACAAUCGACUGAGAGCCCCAUGAAUACCCCUCACAGAAAGUCAUCCAAAGCUGAACAGAGAUGUGGCUUCAGAGAGCCACCCAGAGGAGACACUUUCUACCGCAAAAGGACAAAGGGGAGAGGAUGUAAACGGCACCGAAAACUAUAUGGAGUAGCUCCCUCCCAAGUGCCCCCGCUAUCAGGGGCAAAGACCACGACUCCGUCAAGUGGGACUAUAUCAAAUAAGAAACGAGCUGGAAAGAAGAAGAGCAUCAAAAAGGGUCUAUUAGAUUACGUUCUACCACAGGUGACCCCAACAUCUACAACACCGUCAAGUACCCCACCUUUAACACACAGACCAACAGCAGCCAUCGCAGCAGUGACUAAAACCACCAGAAGUCAUGACAAGGCUCCAAAGCGAAGCCGCUGUUGUGAAUCUGGGAUGCCUGUGAGGGGUGACACUUUUCAGCCACAUUGUAAAAAUUGUCUGAAGCAAGCCACAGCAUCUCACCUGACAACUGUUGCCCCGACAAAAGCAUCUGCGAAUAGAUUGCCGUUCAAACUCAGGACACUUGAGACCCCUGAAAAGACAAGAGAAGCACCCAAACUGGACACUGUGGUAACUCUUAGGAAUGCAGCUAGAUUUACGAUCCCCAUCAGCACAGAACUAAAGACGAUAGCUACUUUUUAUAAAGAUGGCAAGCCAAAAAAGCAGGUGGACUCCUCUCUACUACAGAAUAAUACAAUCCAGGAGCCUGUGGUUAGUGCUGUGGCCCAAAAAACCCCUAAAGAAAGAAUCCUAAAACAGAAAAAUGCUUUGCAUAACAUGACAGGUGAUCAGCUCCUGUGUGGAAGCCUCAAAUAUUUGGACGAGUGUAAAUUCAAAAUCCCUCCUUUGGAGAACAAAUAUGAUCUGCAGAACCUCGAGUCAAAGACGGUCUACCACUGUGACUGCACCAGCCGUUUUGCUCUUCAGCUUGAAGGCCUCAAGCCGCCCAGUGUUCUCACCUCUCUCCUGGCAGAUUUCGUCUCUCAGCAGUGCUUUACGCUGCUGAAGGAGAAGAAGUGCCACCGUAAAAAAAGCUGCUCAAGAGGCUUCACUAAAGCCUCUGACCUACAUCAAGCACUUAAGAAGAUGGAGGAAAAAGACACUGCUGGGGUGCGAAUUUCAGGCAGAAAAAGAGGGAUUCCUGUACGCCUUUAUAAGCGAUGCCUGAGGCUAGAAAGGCGAGCUGAUCUUGUGGCACAGCUCAGAUGAUUGUAGACUAAGCUGCUAUGUGCAGCAACAAUGAAUUUUAUAAGCUUUACAUUUCAUGCAGCUUUUCCUGUUUCUCUCUGAUGUUGUAAAAUGGCAGUUUGUGGACUGAAACCCUUGACUAGUGUAAUGCAUUUGUAAAUAUGUCCCUGUAAGAAUCAUAAAUGUAGGUUAUACAGAAUUGCAGUGCAAGGCUACAAACUACCAGACUGUUCAUUUAAAGUGCAAUAAAGUCAUUUAUUAUGUU